AUGGCACCCAGGAAGUUCUUUGUCGGAGGCAACUGGAAGAUGAACGGCGACAAGAAAACCCUGGGCGAGCUGAUCCAUACCAUGAACACUGGGAAACUGAGUGCAGAUACUGAGGUGGUUUGUGGAGUACCUUCCAUCUACAUCGACUUUGCCCGCCAGAAGCUUGAUUGCAAGACAGGAGUUGCUGCUCAGAACUGCUACAAGGUGGCAAAGGGAGCCUUCACUGGAGAGAUCAGCCCAGCUAUGAUUAAAGAUUGUGGUGCCUCCUGGGUAAUCUUGGGCCACUCGGAGAGGAGGCAUGUCUUUGGAGAGUCAGACGAGCUCAUAGGGCAGAAAGUUGCCCACGCACUGGCCGAAGGCCUAUCUGUCAUUGCCUGCAUCGGGGAGAAGCUUGAUGAGCGAGAGGCUGGAAUCACUGAGAAGGUGGUCUUUGAGCAGACCAAGGUCAUCGCGGAUAACGUGAAGGAUUGGAGCCAAGUGGUUCUCGCCUACGAACCGGUCUGGGCCAUUGGAACUGGCAAAACUGCUUCCCCU